UUAUGAAUUGAAUUUAUGCCUAAUUAUUCCAACUCCAAAAUGAAGUUCAUAAUCCUCGCCGCCCUCGUCGCCUUAGCCGUCGCCGCUCCCCGAGCAACGACAAGCAACUCAUCGUCACCAAGAAGUUCUACCCUGACUCCUUCGCCAUCUACUCUGCCAAGCACGACAUCGUCGACAUCGUCGUCCCUCUCAACCAGAUCAACUACUCCGAAGACAGCAAGGAAGAUACCGACGAAACCACCCUCACUGUCUUCUUCGUCGAAGCCGACAUCAAGAACGAUGGCACUUACGACUACAAGGGAGUCUCCGCCUACAAAAACGGAGUCACCAAGAAGGUCCUCGAGAACGGACAGUGCGUGACCUACGCCAAGAACAAGAUCGUCUACAUCGGCGCCAGCGACGGCAUCUACAAGUACAACGAGCACGACCAGACCGCCACUAAAUAUGGCACCGUCACCGACAACGUCAUCAGAAUGUCCGUGGAUACUGAGCACGCUCACGUUUACUACCUGACUUCUGACCACGUCCUGUACAAGUACAAUGAAGGUGAGAAGGUCGCUACUAAAGUUGAG